GGUGUUAGUACAUGUAAUACAACUUUCUCUCUUCCAGGAGCCACGAAACCAGUGUAUGCCCCUGAACCUUUCGAUGUUCGACGUAAAUUGGAAGUUGAUAUUAUCUCAGAAGACCAGCACAUCAUCUUGUCAACAACUGGUCUGAUAGAUCCAGCUGCCGGUUUGGGAAACUAUGUAGAGGCACUUGUGCGAAAGCAUGACACUGAAUUCAAUGUGGUUGUAAGUCAAAUGAAUGGUUUACAUCAUUCAACCGAGUCUAUUCAUGUACUUCAUGUUGGAAAGAUGAGGAUGAAACUUUGUAAAGGAAAGUCAACAAUUGCCAAAGAAUACUAUUCAUCUUCAAUGCAGCUCUGUGGAGUUCGAGGAGGUGGAAAUGCCGCAGCACAAGCACUAUUUUGGCAAGCAAAGCCGGGCCAAACAUUUGUGUUAGCAUUCGAAUCAGAGCGAGAAAGGAAUGCAGUUAUCAUGCUUGCAAGGAGGUUUGCAUUUGACUGUAAUAUCAUGCUUGCCGGACCAGAUGACAGAGCUCCAUUAGGGACAUGAGAUGAAGGUUCUCCUUAAAAUCAUCAGUCUCUAGAGUUGUGAAGAUGUAAUUAUUUUGAGUUGUUGUAUUAUAAGUGUGAAGAUGUAAGACUGUGAGAGCAGAACAUGGCUUGUUAUUGUUUUGUGGUGGGGAUUCAUGCCUUCUGUGGUUUUGAAUCCCUUCAUAUUAUUUUUUUUUUUUCCUUUUUGGUUAAGUUUACUUCAACAACACCAAGGCAUUUUUUUUGGUUUGCCUUUGUGAGUGAUGGUUGAGAAAAUUGCAGAGCUUCUUAUAUCGGAGAAUUGGUGUUUGCAAUGCUAAUUUAUUGAUUGCGUCUUGGUUUA